AUGCAGCAAGGAGAUGAGGGGUUGGAUGCGGAGGAGCAGGGUGAUGAUGUGCAUGAUGAGGAGACGCAUGGAGUGGAGCAGGGUCACAUCGAGGGCAUACACGGGGAAGAGCAGUUUGUUGGUGCACAGGAUAAAGGAUCGAAGAGACCUGUUAAGAAAAAGAGGGACUUGAGAAGGAGGGGUAGCAGCAAAAGCUUAUCAGCCCUUGAGUUUGAAGAGCUAAAAGAGUUCAUGGAUCUGAGUUUUGUUUUCUCUAAAGAAGAUAAAGAUUCAAGUUUGGUUUCUAUCAUUCCUGGUUUGCAGAGAUUGGGGAAAAAAUCUGAUGAAAAAGAGACAACUAUCGACGAAUCUGCAAUUCCAAGACCUUAUCUUUCUGAAGCUUGGGAUCUUCAUAAUCGAAGAACUGAAGAGAACCCAUUAAUGAAUUGGAGAUUUCCUGCUUCCGGUAGCGAGAUUGACAUAAAAUAUCAUCUCAAAAUUUGGGCUCACAUAGUUGCAUCUACUCUUGGGUGA